AUGUUUGCAUUUGUGUGUUCCGUGCUUCUCCUCGUCAUUUCAUCAUCGAAUUCGCAGGAAAAUUCCACCAACAUAGAUGAUUAUUUGACGAUGCGAUACGAGAUAUAUACGGAUUCUACAACAUAUUAUAACAACGAAACAAUAACACUUCGACAUGAUUUGCAUAAAAAGUUUAUGAAUAAUACACAAAAUGACAAAGAAUUUUAUACGAAUGACAAUCGCGAAGAUAAUGACUUGAUUCAACAUAAACGUUACAAGCAUUCAAUGCAGAAUAAAGAUGAUGAGCAAAACUCGAUGAAAUCUAACACAAAUUCGAAUAAUGUUAAUCAUAAAAGGAAUUUUAUGCCGCAGGAAGUUCAUGAAAAUGUAAUUGAAAAAAAUGAUUCCAUGUCACUUGAAGUCUUCAAAAAUUCCAGCAAAGAUGCUAAUGAAACUAACAUUGUCCCAAACGAAAUGUGUCAUAAUGAUACUUGCAUUCGGCUCUGCUGUUUUCUUGGCGCUCGUCUGGUUGGUAAGAACUGCAUUCCUGAAAAAAUUGAAUACAUUUUUCCAAACGUAUACACGAACGAUUCGACGCAGAGCGAAAAGAAGGUGAACGAAUGGUUUCAGCUGUCUAUUUAUGAUUCGUGCCAGGAAGAUCACGUUCUGCUUUCCGAAGGUGUUCAGGACGAUUAUAAAAUUUUUAUCAACGGUUCUAUAUAUUUAACUUAUUCUAAAAUAUUUGUGGAAUCGACAUCAUAUUGUCUCGCUGUCGUCGACGGAAGUGAGUUCAAAGUAAGCAUCUGUUCCAAAACAUAUGACAAGAUCAAGGACAUAAUUGAUAAAAAGUCCUUGAUUUCUGACAAUGAAAUUAUUAACAUAAGUGCCGAUAUUGUAUCUAUAUUACUUUUGGGAUCAGUAUUUCUGGUGUAUUCCAUAUUGCCAGAACUUCGAAAUGUACACGGCUUCAUGUUGCGCAAUUACAGCGGUGCCUUGUUUGUUGCACACGGAAUUAGCAUUGUGUAUAUUUUGAUUAAAUCGGAUGAUGUACAGUAUCCCGUCUGCGUUACAAUGGCCUUUUUAACAUACUUUUGUUAUAUGGCGGGUUCCUUUUGGCUAAAUAUAAUAAGCUUUGAUAUGUGGUGCACAUUUAGAGGAUUCUGUUCGUUACAAAGAAACGUUAGACAACGAGAAAAAAGAAAGUUGAUAUAUUAUACGAUCUUUGCGUGGGGAUGUCCCUUUAUGUUUGCUGUUUUCUGUGUCAGCAUGGAUUUUCUUUCCGAGUAUGUACCAUCGAUUUUGCGACCGGAAUUUCAUUUAGGAGAUUGCUGGUUCAGUGAGAAUAAUUCGUAUUUGUUGUAUUAUUAUGGACUCGAUAGUAUAUGUAUCCUGAGUAGCAUUUGUUUAUCUAUUUCUACGGCAUUAAAAAUUGAGCGUUACAAAAAGGAUACUGGUCAUCGUCUGAAAGAUUCGGAAAGCAAGUGCUAUAAUGAUAAUAAAAAAUGGUUUAAUCUAUAUCUGAAGCUUUUUAUCAUGCUGUUUAUCUUAAUAGGCAUAAAGUGGCUCAUGAUAACAGCAUACGCAUUAUCUGAAAAUGUAUCAUUUUACAACUCGUAUGUUAUUAAUUUUCUGGACAUUAUGCAGCAUCCAUGCACCUUUAUCAUAUUUGUGUGGAAAAAAAGGAUCAAGCGCAUGUUAUUCAAGCGAUUCGGCUGCAAUUUGUUGCCAAAAGCUUGACACGGAUCGAAUGCAACACUGCCGAGCAUUAUUACCACGUCAAAAGAAAUACUCAUGCAGGAGAAAAUGAUUUCUUCCGGACAAGCAAGAAGUCACACUGAUAGGACCGACCUUUAAUUUUUAUUUCAAAAUUAAAAU